UGGCCCAUUCCUCCUUCAGGGCAGCUGCCAGGGAAUGCUUUCCAGUUAGUAAUGGAUUCCUCUGCCGCAGUUUAGUUUCCGGAAUCCACCACAAGCGCUCUAUGAUGUUGAGGUCCGGUGAACGUGGCCAGUCAGGCAGGAACUCGCAAUGCUUUUUCUCAGCCUUGGGGGCUCUUGUGUGCUUGCUUGUAUGGGGGGGUGCUCCAUCCUCUUGAAAGACGAGCGCAGGGUUCCACACUUGGUUUACUUUCCACCAGAGAAAGAAGUUUUUGUCUACGAUAUGGUCACAGUAGUAUUUACUGUUGACCUUUCCCUCGCAGAAAACAAUGGGGCCAACCCCAUACCAAAAGAUGCAUCCCCAGAUCAUGACGGUACCCCAUACUGUUGCACUUUUGGCGCCAGGUUUUGCCGGGAAUAUUUCUCUCCUUUGCUACGCCAGAUCAAAGUCCUUGUCUUGGAGUACAGGGAGAAGAAAGAUUCAUCGGAGAAGACCACGUUCUUCCAGUCUUCACGAUUCCAGCGCAAGCGGGCUUGUGUCCAGGCAUGCCGCAAGUCUAGCUUCCUCUCAUCUAGAAUAGGUACACCUCCUUUGUUAUCGGUUGGCAGUGACCGCUUCACGCCGAGUCGCAAGACUUGCAGGCCGGCUCUGAGAGAAAGGAGGGACCUGGCAAUACUCUCAAUGGAUCGCAUAGAUAUGGGCAUGCCGAAUCUCCGCCUAAUAGAAACAUAUAUGGAUCAGGGGGCAGCAGGUGCAUUUGAUAGCAAUCCAUCCGAAGCCGUCUGACGAAACGCCAUGGACAUUUUUCGAUCCACUCAAGACAACAUGCACAGGAACGGAAGGCCCACACUCCAGGAUCGCAUUCGUCCAAACCUCAAAAUAUAUGACAUAAUGAAUUCAGAGGGACGACGAUCCAUUACAGCCACGAGAAGAGUUCUAAGGAGUCAAAGGGGGAUCAUAUACAAAGUGGUAGUAAAUAGAAGGGCGAUAAUCGCAUUUUAAAUUAGCCCG